AUGCCAUAUAUAUUAAGGAAAAAAGGAUUUACCGGUGGUAAGCAGUUCGUUGAGUUGCUGUCAAGGCUUCAGCAGCGUGGAGUCCAACAAGGCUUCAAUGGGUGCAGGCUUCAGCAGCGUGGAGGCGCAACAGCCAACAAGGCUUCAGCAGCAUGGAGGUGCAACAAGGAAAAAGCAGCUUUCCUCGAUUUUGUUCUUUGGCACACUUCUAGAAGCUAUUUCAUUGAUAGGAAUUAUGAUAAACUGGUGAAAAAAUGGUUUUGCCCAUUUGCUGAACCUAGAAAUAAAAGGGAUUUCUUUGUUUUUCUCUGCUUUGGAACUUCAACAUCAUUCGUCAGUGCUGUUGUUGCAGUUCAAAGGAUUUGGAGAUCGGUACCAGCAUUGCAAGCUGAAGAAACAUGGAUUCAUCAUGUGGUUGUUGAACAUCCUGGAAUUGUUGCUUUUCUGGUUAUGGACACACUUAUUUUCUUUGCUGCUGCAACUUUGCUAGCAGUACAAGCAUCCCAGGGAUGGCAAUUUGGCAGUUAUGGGAGGACUGAACUUAAACCUGCACGUCUGACUGAAGUUAAACCUAUGUCUCUAGUCAGACAAGACCCUCACCCUGUCCCUGCUCAAACCUGUGAUGGGAUCUCUCGGAACAUCACCACCAACGAAUACGCAAAUGCUUUCCGGUAUGGCUACCUUCGUGGUCCGGAUGGGCAAUUCCGCAACCCAUAUAACCAUGGGUACCGAAGGAAUUGUGCAGAUUUCCUGAUUCACGGCUACACAGAUGAUAAUGAGAUUGCUUGGCUACCUUUGCAACAGGUUGCGAGGUAGUUGUAUAUGUCAAAAUAAAUAUACUGCCAUGUUCUUCUUCCUCUUGAUCAUCAGAUGGUAUCGAAAACCUUCCUUGCAAAUAUUGGUGUUAUCACACAACAGAUCCCUCCACUGUUGCAAUAUGCCACCUUCCUGAUUUUCAUGAAAGAAAUAGCGGCUCGGCUUCGAUAGGUGUGUUUGUGCACAAAUUAAUAUCUAAAAAAUCAAUGAAAAAUAGCAUUUCUGUAACAUUUUUUUAUUAGUAUAUUUGGGCUUCUCUGUUCUUCCCACUUAUUGUUUACUUGGUUCAAGGGGAAAAAGUAAGUGAAAAUUCAAAUAGGAGUUGCAUGGGAGGCUUUGGAACAGGGCCAAUAUAAACAACUCUGUAUAUGAAGAAGGGAUUGUUGGCUCAAAGCCUAGGCUUUAUUGUUUAAGGUCACGAUUUUGGUCAUAGAUUUGAAGAGCAUGCAUGUCAUAGCAGUGCUUUAGAAUAGCAUUGAUCAGUAUCCACGAAGCGUUGCAUAGAGUAGAAGUUGAAUAUGACCAGAGAUUCAAACUGGGUUGUAGAGUAGUUCGUUCGAGGUGAUGUCUGUGAUUCAGAUGACUUGACGAGGUUGUCUUUGAAAUGUCUCUUAGGUGAAUUGUGUGAGACUCNAG